AUCAAAAACACGUUCCUCGUGUACGUUACGAAAUAUCCUGUUCAAUCAAUAAUACAUUUACCUCAAGAAAAAAAUUCAGAAAUUCGCAAAGCUUAGAAAUUAUAAACAUUCUAAUCAACGUAGGAGCAAACGUUAUCCAAUUAACAACAAUUUAGAAAGUUCUUUACAAAUCGCCAUCAAGAAUAGAGAUUGUGUCGAUCUUAUGAUGCCUAUGUUAAUUUGAAAGGAAGAAAUAAAAUAACAGCUUUACACAUGGCGGCCGGCGGAGAGGAAAACAUAGUAGAACUGCUUGUACAUGCUAGUGCUGACGUCAAUGCUAAAACCAAACGCAGCGAUUCCAUGAUAGGCUCAGAUGUUUUCUUGGGGGCAGGUAAAACAGAUCCAAUUCAAUUAACAGAGGAUCAACUUUGUGUUGGUACCCAGGUGACCCAAACUGAAUCUGACGCUUACGUAGCAGAGGAGUUUAGCUUUCCCAAAGGCCCCACUGGUGUUAAUCUUAUGAAACAAACAACAGCAGAACUUGAGAAGAAAAUACAUUCUAGCGGUGGAGAAACCCCACGUCCUGUUGCAGCUGAAAGUGUUAACAUCAGUUCUAUGGAGUAUUUAGAUCAAAUAUCAACUGGUGCGUCUGUUAAUUCUUCUGUGCUUCAUAAAUACAUUGAAAGAAGAAAUAUUAAGAAAAUUCAUUAUCUCGUUCAAGCUGGUGCCAAUGUUAAUGUUCCGAAUAAAUAUGGAAAAACAGCUUUGCACUAUUGUGUUGAAUAUAUGGAUUUUGAAAGUGUCAAAGUAUUGCUUGAAGCAGGAGCUGAUGCUAAUUUACAAGAUGCAAAUCUCCAGACACCUUUACAUGUAGCUGUUCGGUUACACCGUAAUGUUUCUCGUGGUAAUCUCACUUUUCAUGGUGAUAUAAAGGAAAUUAAUAAAAAGUUAACGCAGAUUUGUUUAUCUUUGAUAACUUCAACAGCCCUGUUAAACGUGAGUGAUAAAAAAGGUAACACAGCACUCCAUUAUGCAAUACAAAGUCACACAAUUGAAAUAGUUCAACGUUUACUUGAUGCGGGUGCCGAUGUCACACUGAGAAACAACACGGGUAAAACAGUUCUCCACAAGGCUGCUAAAACAAUGUUCGUUGAUUUUAUGGCGAUUGUUUUGAAUCAUAAAGAAGUUGCAAAUGUUAUCGACUUGAAGUCAAAUAAACGCGAAAUGCAUACAUCUGUAGCGAGGAUGAAGGGCUCGAAUGUCAGUGAUUUUCAAGCUUCUUACCGAAUUUGUUCCAGCGCCGAUGCCCCGACAGCUUUAAUGAUUGCUGUAAAAGAUCAAAAUACAGAAGUGGCUCUGAUGUUGCUAGAGCAUAAAGCUGAUGUCAAUAUCCGUAACGACGAAGGUUAUACGGCCUUACAUAUUGCUGCAGAAGGGUCUUAUACAAAAUCAAUAAAACAUUUAAUAAAGGCUGGAGCUGAUGUUAACGAUCAGACAAACGAUGGGGAAUCACCUCUCAUGUUAGCGAGAGACAUUGAGGUUAUUAAAACAUUGUGUCAAGCAGGUGCGGAUGUUAAUAUGAAAAAUAAACUUGGAAAGAAUGUUCUACAUAAAACUAUAUGUAGCGAUUAUUUAUCUGAAACAAAGCAUGCCUAUUUAGUAGAGUAUUUGGUGCAGUAUAUGAGAGACAUUAACGCUCUAGACAAUUAUAAUGUUUCUGCUCUAACCUAUUGUUUAUUAAAGAAACAGAUUAAAAAUACAGAGACUUUAUUGAAAUCCGGUGCUAAUUCUCUACUGGAUACAAAAUAUAGAUAUCUUUUGUCAGACCCUCAGAUUUUAAAGACUGGGGAGUCAAAUAUCAUUGCUGGAUCUGAAAUAAUUUUCUCAAAUGGUCAUUUUGAAUAUUUAAGAUUGCUAGUUUGUAAUGGAAUAGUUUUGGAAGGCAACACACUGAUUAAAACAUUAGAUAAAAAUGUUCAAGUGACAAGCUUAAUGUUGUCUAUAAUGUAUCAGAAAGUAGAUGUAACAAAAUAUCUUUUAACAACUGGCUAUGUAACAGUAAAUGAUCUGAGACAACUUCGUCAAUUUGACAAAUCUCCACAAGAUUUAAAUGAGUUGCUUGUUGUAGAACACAAACAACACCUUUCUUCAACUACCGAGCUUCAAACACUAAUUCACGAAGCGGUUUCUAAUCCCUGGCCACUGGUCAAACUUGCUUUCAUCACGGUGUCAACAAUGUUGGGUGUAAGUCCAGAGCGAGAUGAAAGACUCUCACAGACAAAGUUACCUGAGAAUCUCAAACAACGUCUGAUGUUCCAGACUCCAGAAGCACAGCUACCUGUCAGUGAUUGGUCCAAAUGUCCACUUUUCUUUAAUCCACUUGUCGAUGAAAUGGGACCUGAAUUUUUACUUCAUCUCUGGCCAAUAGAUGUGUUAUAUGGACGUAUGAAGUACAGGCUAGAACAGCUACAACGAUACACAGUUGGUGAUUAUACAGAGAAGCUAGCACUUCAUUUAACAGAAGAUGUGUUGAAAGCAUCAUUUCAUUUUAGAAAUAGAAAAGAAAAAUACAACGAAUUAAAUCUGCAUGAUGUAGACCCUUUAGUUGAAGCCUGUAUUGAUGCUAUAGAUGACUGUAUCUUCUAUCAUGGCAACUCUUUUGAUGUUGAUUAUGGCCCGAAGUAUUUGAUUCUAAGAUCUGGACUUCAGUUUAUGAUAGAAGACUUUGAAUCUCUACAAGAGGAAUACGCUGAUGAGAAUUCAGAGUUAAGUGCGUCUGUUGAGUUUUUUGAUGAACGUUUAAAAAGCUGGAAAAAUAAUUUUGGAAACAUUGGGUUUUUUGAAAACAUUACACACACAGCUGAGGAGCUGAGACGGCCUGAAGGAAUACCUGCAUAUCAUACAUGGUGGUUUGAGUUGGACUUCUAA